GAAUACGUUAUCAAACUCAAUAGGUUUUGGAUAUAAAGCAGCAAUCAGGAAACCCAGUCAUACCCGAAACCAUGUUUAUAUAGACUAACAUUUUCUCAAAUUAAUAACAAGCCAAUGCAUACAUGCAAUAUCACCACCAAGUUUCAAGGACUGAAAGUUGUGAAUCCCAACAGGAUGUUAGAUAAAGGAGAAUAUUCUCCGUCGACAGUGGUGGCAGCAGAGCCUUUUGCCUGCAUCGACACGCUCACCUCUAUGACAAAGAAGAAGAAGAAGAAGAAGAAUGAAAGAAGGUUCAGCGAUGAACAAAUCAGAUCAUUGGAAACAAUGUUCGAGUCAGAGUCAAGGCUCGAGCCACAGAAGAAACUGCAGAUGGCAAAAGAGCUUGGGUUGCAGCCACGGCAGGUUGCAAUAUGGUUUCAGAAUAGGAGAGCUCGAUGGAAGUCAAAGCAGCUCGAACGGGACUACAGCACACUUCGAGCCAAUUACAACAGCCUGGCUGCCAAGUUUGAAGCUGCCAAGAAAGAAAAGCAUGCCUUGGUUGUACAGUUGCAGAAGCUGAAUGAUCUGCUGCAAAAGCCGCAGGAGGAAAGGUAUUGCAAGCCAGAUGUAGCUGCAAAAAGCACACAAAGUGAAUCGGGCAAUGGAGACAUGACCAAAUGUGAAUCGGGAACAAAGGCAACCUUGUUCACGGAUAAAUCAGAACAUGGACUAGGUGUCCUGUCAGAUGAGGAUACCAGCACAAGGGCAGGGUACUUUGGAAUGGAAGAUGAACCCAACCUUCUGAAUAUGCUGGAUGCCGAUAGUUCCUUGACAUCACCUGAAGAUUGGGUAAGUUUGAACUCUGAUGGUCUCUUCCACCAGUAUAAUAGUGAUUUUCAGUGGAGGGAUUUCUGGUCUUGAAUGAAGUAAAAUGCUCAACAAAGCAUGGAGGUUGCGUCUGCAAAAUAAUCUUCCUUCUGUUUCAAAGAUUCUAUCUGCUUCAUGAAGGGGAAGAUAUGCACUCUACAGAAAUGAUUUCAGAGGCAAUGAAUGUAGCUUUUUCGAACAGUAGAGAAACUCCAUCUAUCUGCUUCAUGUGAUUACAAAAGCUGCUAAUGUUGAUCCCAAUUUUAAUCAAAUGCGGUUCAAAGUUGAAGUCCCCUAUAGUUUGGGCCAUGAAGUAUAAUUUGGAUACUUGUAGUUAAGGAACUGAAGAAAUAAAAAGUGCCAUGGGGAGUAGGAAGUCUCCAAAGAGUUCAUAUGCAGACUAAAGGGCUCGGGAAAAAUAAAGAGAAAUCAUUCACAAGUGGUGGGCUCCAAAAUAGACAAAUGUACUAGUUCAAGUAGAAUUUUGAAGAGUUGGUAUCAUGGUAAAAAAAUAAACUAAACCCCCAGAUUUGGUCUUCAA